GACCACGACAGCUUCCGGCGUAGGAGCAGACCGCGUAGAGAUGUCGUACGUGUACGCCGCGACAAUCGCUUGUUAUGUUUAGUCGUUUUAUCGCGGGUGUUCAGUGAGUGCCGUGCGAAUUUUCUCGCGAGAUUGUUGGGCUACGAGACAAAGGUGUUGUUGUUUCUCUCCUUUCUUUUCGUCCUGUCAUCGCACGAACUCUAACGCGCGCCAAGCAUGCAGUUCUACAAGGAGAAGCUGCUGUCGCCCGGUCAAUUGAAGCGGUUGAGCGAGCACAAGUAUAGCUGUACGACCAAUAGCCUCCUGGACGGUCUGUUGCAGCCUUGGUGGGACUGGCUAGUCAGCAAGGUGCCGCUCUGGCUCGCGCCCAACCUCAUCACCGUGCUCGGCCUUAUCGUCAACAUCGUCACCACACUGAUUCUCGUUUACUACAGUCCGGACGCGAGGACUGAGGCACCUAGAUGGGCAUGUUUUUUAUGUGCACUUGGUCUAUUUAUAUACCAGAGCUUAGAUGCCAUUGACGGCAAACAAGCCAGAAGAACUGGCACAUCUACACCAUUGGGUGAACUGUUCGAUCAUGGAUGUGAUUCAAUAUCAACAGUAUUUGUUGCUUUAUCGGCAUGUAUAGCAGUACAAUUGGGAUAUUAUCCAAUGUGGAUGUUUUUCCAGUGUUUCUGUGCGAUGACACUUUUCUAUUGUGCUCAUUGGCAGACCUAUGUUUCAGGUUCCUUAAGAUUCGGUAAAGUGGAUGUAACGGAAGCACAAUUUACGAUCAUACUUAUUCAUCUGAUUUCCGCAAUCUUUGGCCCAGAGAUCUGGAUGAUGGAGAUACCAUACUUAGAUGGUUUUCUAGUUAAGUAUUUACUAGGAGUUUUAACAGUCGUGUGUGCAGUGGCAAAUUUGUGUCCCAUAUUUUCGGUGAUUUUCACCGGAGGAGUGGGCAAGAACGGUUCCACUGUGGCUAUCCCUGUGCUCGGUGUAGGCACGCUCAGUAACUACGUAGCGGUGAUCUUUUAUGCAGGCUACGUUCACGUGUUUCUUGAAUUCUGUAAAGUCUUUGAAUCCGGUGGGAUUGGAAAAAACGGUUCCACAAUUGCAUUGCCAUACACUGGCACAGAGGUGAAGGUGUUUCCGUUAUGGGCUGCUGUGGGCAUCGCUAUUUUACUUGCACAGAGCAGCAUAUCCGUCAUUCUCGCCGGUGGUGUCGGAAAAAAUGGCUCCACCGUCGCAGGAACGUCCGUCUUAUCUCCAAUUAUACCAUUUAGCUUCGUGGUAGUGCCAGCUUUUAUAAUAUAUAGGAAAAGUGCUCAACACGUCUACGAGAAUCAUCCAGCUUUGUAUAUACUCUCAUUUGGAAUGGUCGCGGCCAAAGUUACCAAUAGAUUAGUGGUUGCUCACAUGACCAAAAAUGAAAUGCAAUAUUUAGACAGUUCGCUAAUCGGCCCAGCUAUGCUAUUCCUCAAUCAAUAUUUCAACUUUUUCAUCAAUGAACACUAUGUGCUUUGGCUGUGUUUCAUCUGGGUUACUCUGGAUCUCUUCCGCUAUAGUGCUCAAGUGUGUCUCGAGAUAUGCGAUCACAUGAAGAUCAAGCUGUUCAGGAUAUCGGUGUCCGAUCAUCGUACAAACGCCAGCCAGGUUUCUAAUGUCACCGAGAAAAAUGUUCACAUGAUGCUGGAGGCAGAGCCGCUGUUAGACGACGAGUAUCAUCAUCACGGAUCCGACACCGCCCUCGACCUCUGAUAUUAGCGGCAAUGCUAAUUAUUGUUAGCCGACCUAUGCCGAAAGACGCCUUUUGAAUACGCAAUAAUGUAGAUUAAUUGUGCUUGCGGACCGGAGGAAAUCGCGCGAAGUGAUAUAACGGUCGCGCGUUCACGGUAUCCGCAAGAAUACGUAGCGAUGCACGGAGAAUGAUGACUUGUCUGUCGCACCCUCUGCAGAAGAGCAUGGUGUAUCCCGCAUACACACAUACAUAUGAUAUACAUGGGGGCGUGCAUACGUAGAACGUGUAUGCGUCUCGCUGGCGCGAAGACAUUUCCCCCCGUUCAUUUUUAUAUCGCAAUAUUUUGUACACAUUGUUCCUCGACGUGGAUGUGGAGUCGUGCACGUGGGAAGUCCGAUGUUUUUCGAUAGAAACAGUACAAAAGGUGCGCGCGAUGAGCGUUCUGCGGUACAAUCGAGUUAUUGUCAACGACAAAAUAUGAUAUUUGUAACAAUAGCAGCGAGCUAUAUUUAUCACCGGAUAAAACGUUUGCCGUGUUCGUCGGCAGACGUUUGUCUGCGCCUGCCAGAUGGGUGUUACUUAAACAGAUUAAUUGUAUAAAUGCGAUAAGAGAUAUAUAUUCCGCGUAACGUUGCACUCUCGUCUGCAACUUGAGGAUAUUUAUUACGGACGUAGCAGAGUAGAGUUCAACAAAUUGUCGCACUAAGGGAAGUGUCGAAGAGGGAAAAAAAAUGCGGAUAAAAGGCACGAUGACGUUUAUCUCGUGUGAAACGUGCUAAUCAUUCGGAAACAGCAAAUGUAGUUGAUUUACCGGUUUGUCGCCUUAAUAAGAUCGUCCUUAGUGAAGGAUUAAUCUCAUUAGUCUAAUCAGCAAUGUAGAAUAGAGUUGUCAGGAAUGAGGAGAUAGAUAAUUUAAGUAUAUUUUAUACAGCAACGAUAUUGAAUAUAUAAUCAGAAGAGAAGCAACUUUAGAAGCUUGCAGAAGACCGUUAAGUAUAUGUAUAAGUUAGUGAAACGAACGCGAACACUGCAGUAUUACAAGUAGCGUUAUUCUAAAAUAGUUGCCUACGUUCACAUUUCGAUGUAUAUUUUCACACAGAAUGACCGCCAUACACGUGAUCAUUAUUAUUAUGCAGGAAAAUGAAGCGUAACGGACGAACGUUUGGACACUUACUACUUGCUUCUCACGAGUGUGCGUGCGUGCGCGUACGUUUGACUGUUAUCUUCUAGAUUAAAUAAUGAUUUGCGAUCUAAUCUGUGGUGGUAGGUUCACACGUAGCGCCGGGUAAUCUGCUACCGUGCUGUAAAUACAGGUACUAAGGCAUUUCUAUUCCAACGAGAUCAUAACUUAAUAAUUAUAUAAUUGAUAUACUGUUUAAUAAAGUUUAUACGAGUGUAACAUAA